UGUUAUGUACUUACGUUAUGUACUAAAUAAAAUAAAUAAUAUUUUAUGUGUUGGAAUUUGUCAAUAACUUAUUAUUAUAGUACGCGAAAAGUAUAGAAAAGAACAUCAAUUAAAAAAUUACUCAUAAACAUAGUAGACGACUUUAUAAAAAUGUCCAUUGGUACCAUAUAUGAAAAAGCUUACAAAGGGGACUUCAAUCAAGUUAAAGUACAACUAGAUACAGAUGCGUCAUUAAUAAAGACACCGGAUUCUAAUAAUCGACUUCUUAUUCAUUGGGCAGCUCUUGGAGGAAAUGAAAAUCUAGUGGAUUAUUUGCUGCGAUGUGAUUCUCCCCUUGAACCACAAGAUGAUACUUGCACAACCCCCUUGAUAUUGGCUGCUUCAGCUGGAAGAUUUGAAGUAGUAAGGUUACUAGUUGGAAAGGGAGCAAAUGUUAAUCACAAAACAAAUCGUAAUCAAACAGCCUUACAUUAUGCUUCUUCUAAAGGCCAUAAAGAGGUCGUGAAAUUCUUAAUCAAUGCAGAUGCUAAUGUGAAUAGCGUUGAUGUGUUAGGUGCCACUCCACUACAUAGAGCUGCAGCUCAAGGAAAGACAGAUAUAGUUGAAAUUUUAUUAAGUUCUCCUCAUAUUAAGGUGAAUUUAUGUGAUUCUACUGGCAAUACACCGCUGCACUUAGCAUGUGAAGAAGAAAGAGAAGGUGUAGCAUCUAUGCUGGUGAAAGCGGGUGCUCAAUUAGAUAUAAAAAACAAGGAAGAAAAGACUCCCCUAGAUUUGACCUCAUCAAAGUUAAAACAAACAUUACUAAGUUUAAUUGAAUAAUAUUUUUGUUAAAUGUAUCAUUAAAACAAGUUGCUUCUUUUUGU